AUGGGAGAUGGUCAAAAAAUUCUCUUUUGGACUGAUAAAUGGCUGAUGGGAAACGUCUUGAGUACUGUAACCCCCACUGAGAUUCCGGAAGAUAUUUUGGGAUUGACAGCCGGUGAGUUAUGGAUUGAUGGAGUUGGAUGGGAUUUGACGAAGAUUGCGCCAUAUGUGUCUGCAAACACACAACUUGAGCUCUCUGCAGUGGUGGUGGUGGACAGAGUCACGGGCAGGACAGACAAAAUGGCUUGGGGAGAAACAUCAGAUGGUCGCUUCACGGUCUCGUCUGCUUAUCGUUUUCUCUCAAGGGAUUUAUUCUCUAGACCAGACAUGAGUAAGCUAUUUAGGAGCAUCUGGAGAGUGGUAGCACCCGAAAGAGUACGUGUAUUCUUUUGGUUACUUGGGAAUAAUAGAAUUAUGACAAACCAAGAGCGUUUCCAUCGCCACAUUGGGGACACAGAGCUCUGUCAAAUUUGUAAGGCGGAUAUUGAAUCUACCUUGCAUAUUCUUAGAGAUUGUUCUGCGAUGAGUGGUAUCUGGGAACGUGUUGUUCCGCGUGAGAAGCAUCAGGUAUUCUUCAAUAUGUCGUUACUUGAGUGGCUGUUUGUGAACCUGGUUGACUCCUCGAUGACGGAGUUUGGACCAUGGUCUACUUUAUUUGCUGUGGCUGUAAAGUGCAAGGAGGAUGGAGAAGGUGCUGUAGGGAGAGAAGAGAGGCUGAUCUCAUGGUUACCACCACUGAUAGGGUGGACUAAGCUGAACACGGACGGUGCAUCACAUGGCAAUCCGGGGUUAGCUACGGCUGGUGGAGCUUUGCGAGAUGGAGAAGGGAAGUGGUGUGGCGGAUUCGCACUGAAUAUAGGGCGGUGCACCGCGCCGAUGGCCGAGCUCUGGGGUCUAUAUUAUGGUUUAUGCAUUGCGUGGGAGAAGGGGUUCACUAGACUUGAAGUAGAGGUGGACUCUUCACUGGUUGUUGUGAACAUGUGUAUAGGGAGGCUAAUCGUCUUGCAGAUGGAUUGGCAAACUAUGCAUUUUCCUUAG